AAGGACGUUUAUUCCCACGCCCCCCUGGGGGGGCAACUCACCCCACGGAUUUGUUGCAAAGCUGGGGAAACUGGCACCCACGGAGGGAAAACAAAGCACACGAACGGAUAAAAGAACGUUGUACCUCACUGUACACACAAAAAGUAAAGAGAGCACAGAGCUGAAGGACACAAAUGAACCCCCUACUGCCACUUCGAAAGUACGAACCAUCCUGAACAAGUACAAAAUACACAUAACAUACUACUCAGUUUUUUUCUCCCUAUUUUCUAUGUUCUCAUACUGCGUUAUAAGACUGCUGCUUAUGGUUCUACACGAACCAAUCUCUGUGAAAAUGGUGAAGGAGAGAGUGUUAAUGGAUCAGGCGUUGGUAGAAGAGUAUGGAAAUAUCACCUUCUCUCGUUUCUGGACUGGGUAUAUAAAUGAGGAUCACGCUCGCGUAAUUAUUAACAUAAAAAGUGACACGAAAAAAAACAAAAAGGGGAAAAUUAUUGGGAACCUUGUCAAGCAGAAGGACGACACCUGGGUCAUUAAGACGUUAACUUAUUACACGGUUAAAAAAAAUGAUAAUUUAGACACCGACGACUUGAAGACUCUGCGACCGAGUGGUGGCCAAGGCUCCGGGUGUCCGGUGGGCCACGAGUCUUUGGUUACGCGCAGGAUUAAGGGUUA